CCCCCGCCACAUCAUCACCCUCAUCCACCUAAGUCUCCCGGUAGGCCCCACCCUCCACCAUCGACUCCACGUCCACACCCACCGACCACCAAACCGCCACCUCAUCAUGGUGGACCACCUCCUAGGGUUUUGCCACCUAUCGUCUUUCCGCCACCUGUCGUAUCACCUCCAAUCACUCGCCCGCCACCUGGCAUUUUACCGCCUAUUGUCAAUCCACCUGGCAUUAUUCCGCCAAUCACACGGCCACCUGGCAUUAUUCCACCAAUCACACGGCCACCUGGCAUUAUUCCACCAAUAACAAAUCCUCCUGGAGGUGGAGGAGGAUUCCCGCCACCAUCUGGUGGUGGUGGUGGCGGAUAUCCUCCUUACGCACCUCCUAGUGGAGGUGCACCACCUGGCGGAGGCGGAGGUGGAGGCAUACCAGGUAUUGUUCCACCUCCACCCGUCACGUGUCCUAUAGAUGCAUUGAAACUUGGGCUUUGUCUUGAUGUACUUGGAGGAUUAGUGCAUAUUGGAAUAGGAAAUCCAGUGGAACAUAUAUGUUGCCCAGUAUUACAAGGAUUGCUAGAGCUAGAAGCUGCUAUUUGUCUAUGCACAACUAUAAGGCUUAAACUUCUAAACCUUAAUAUUUUCCUUCCUCUUGCACUUUCAGUUCUUGCAACAUGUGGUUUAACUCCUCCUCCUGGUUUUGUUUGUCCUCCUCUUGUUUGAAUUAUUAGGUUUUUUUAAAUUAUGUUUGGUCUUUUGUUUGUAAUAUUUUGUAAGGUACGUAAGAGCUAAAAUGCAAAUAAUUAUGAGUUUUUAA